ACCUCACCGCAGCCCGAAUUUUCCUUCUCUUCUGACAUUGCGACCAACCCUUGAGGGGUCCGGUGGCCCCGGGACGGGGCGAAGGAGCUCCGCCUCGGGGCUUUCCCGGCGUGGGAGGAAGAUCAGAAUCUUCGAGAGUCCACUGAACUGACUGCGCUGUCGAGUCCAGACGCUGCGAGCGCCGGGAGGAAGGGAGGCGGGGAGCCACCUCGCGCCCCGAGCCUAGGCCGGCGCUCACGGCCUCUGCCUCUCCCAGAAUCUCAGGCAGGGCAGGUGAAGGACGAAAAAGCCUUCAAGAAACCAGCCGCCACUCUCCGGAGCCUGUCGGGGAGCCAGACUGGGACGCGUGGCCCCGAGAUGAGGGGGACCUGGGGGCCCCAAUUCCUCGCUCUCCUGCUCCUGCUAGCGAUGCUGAUUCUGCCAGGCCGUGGCAAUGAGGGCAGCACCACUGGAAGUUGUCGCUGUGAUACACCGUUUUAUUCCCACUCCCCUCCAACGGCUCAACAAAUGGAACAUUUCCGAAAACAACUGAAAAGUUAUGAUCAAUGCACUCCCUUGGUCAGCAGGUUCCGCCUACCCCGCAGGACUGUGUGCGGGGGCAGCAGAGACCCAUGGGUGAUUACAUUGAUCCACUGCUUGGACCGCAAAGAAUGUGGACGUGCUUUCCUGGGGAGAAUGGCCCACCAGCAUUCACCUCCCAGCAGCAGCCAGGUUCCUGGGUCCACAGAAAGGGCACCUGCAGUCACAAGCAUCUCUGCCCAGACACACCUGCCACCCACCUUGCAGUCUACCCAGCAGCACACCCUUCCAGCAGCACUGCCUUUGGAUGAAAACCUCACUCACGCCAAUGAAACCACUACUUCCGCUGUGGGCCACAGUCUGGAGACUGGGGAGAACAAGCAGCAGCUGGAUGGGAAUGUGGGUCCUACAGCUGGGACUGCUGUCACAGUGCCAGUGUUGUCCCUCUUGGCCAUCAGCUUCCUCCUCACUGGAGUCCUCCUCUAUGUGCUGUGUAAGAGGAGGAGUAAGAAGUCACCGCAGUACUCUCCAGAUUUGCAGCUUCAAUAUACACGUCGACUCUCAGACUCCCAACACAUGGGCUAAGAAUGGAAGCUAGUGGGAAUAAAAAUUGUGACUAAAUAUCAUGCACAUUUAAUAUACUUGAACAAUCUCUGAUGCAUAGUAAGCACUCCAUAUAUAAAUAAGUAAACAGGCACUGCUCUUAGACCUUCUUCUGCUUGUUUUUUCCCUACGCUAUAAUGUAAAAAAUCUACCUUCAACAUACUAAAAU